CACGUCCCUAUUUAAAACCUCCUCGCUCACUCAGCCAUAGCCAUCCCCAACACCCCCGGAAAGGAAACCCAUCACACCAAAUCCCCAACCCCAAACCCCCAAUCCACCCUCAUCCACUCCGGGCGGCCAUGGCCUGCUCCUUCGCCGCCGCCACCACCGUCUCUUCCGCCCCCACCCCGGCCUCUAGGCCCCUCGCCGCUGCCCCGCAGUCCGUCUCCGUCGCCCGCUCCGCGGUCGCCACCGCCGCCAGGCCGCUCCGCCUCGCCGCCUCCAGAUCCGCGCGGGCCACCAGACUCGUCGCCCGCGCCGGCGGCGUCGAUGACUUGCCGCUGGUCGGGAACAAGGCUCCAGACUUCGAGGCCGAGGCUGUGUUCGACCAGGAGUUCAUCAACGUGAAGCUCUCUGAUUACAUUGGGAAGAAGUACGUCAUUCUGUUCUUCUACCCCUUGGAUUUCACCUUCGUCUGCCCGACCGAGAUUACUGCCUUCAGUGAUAGAUACGAGGAAUUCGAGAAGUUGAACACUGAGGUUCUUGGCGUCUCCAUUGACAGUGUGUUCUCCCACCUUGCAUGGGUGCAGACAGACAGGAAGUCUGGUGGGCUUGGCGAUCUUAAAUACCCACUUAUUUCUGAUGUCACCAAAUCAAUUUCAAAGGCCUUUGGUGUUCUGAUCCCUAGCCAGGGUAUUGCUCUGAGAGGACUGUUCAUCAUUGACAAGGAGGGAGUGAUUCAGCACUCUACCAUUAACAACCUUGCCAUUGGUCGUAGUGUGGAUGAGACCAUGAGGACCCUUCAGGCAUUGCAGUACGUCCAGGAGAACCCAGACGAGGUGUGCCCGGCCGGCUGGAAGCCAGGGGAGAAGUCGAUGAAGCCCGACCCCAAGGGAAGCAAAGAGUACUUCGCGGCCAUCUAGACGUGCCUGUUAAGUGCCCCAGCGGUAGGUCCUUGUGGAGUUUUGCGGAGCUCGCGUUUUGACAUGCCUUUGUGCCUUGAACCGAGUGUGCUAGCCCUUGUGCUGUUGUGCAUCCCGAUUGAGUGCUGUUCUUUGCCACUUCGUUUAAUUUUUCACCUGACGAAUAAGGUUCAUUUGGCACGUGAUUGAGAGUUCACGCUUCUGGUGUAGUUUGCUGGGCUUCUGUUUGUAGCAUUGUCUGGUAAGCUUCGCGUC